AUCUCCACCAUCAGAAUAACCGGAGGGAUGGAUCUAUGUCAGAUACUGGGAAGCCCAGAAUAUCCUCUACUUUCCAAGGAUGGAGAUGUGACUAUUGGAGGAGCAUUUUCUAUACACAGCAAAAUCACAGAGCCACUGUUUUCCUUUCAGACAGAACCAGAACCACCAGCCUGUACCAGCUUAAACCUCAGAGAAUUCCGCUUUGCUCAGACUAUGAUUUUCGCCAUUGAGGAGAUUAACAAGAGCAGCAGUUUACUGCCCAAUGUGACCAUUGGCUACAAGAUCUACGACAGCUGCGGCUCUACCCUGUCCUCAAUGAGGACAGCAAUGGCACUGAUGAAUGGUCAGGAGCAGAUGGAGGAGAAGCCGUGCUCUGGGCAUGCAGCCGUGCACGCAAUUAUAGGAGAAUCCGAGUCCUCCACAACCAUAGCAAUGGCGAGGACUACAGGCCCUUUCCAUAUUCCAGUGAUCAGUCACUUUGCUACAUGUGCAUGUCUGAGUAACAGGAAAGAGUUCCCCUCAUUCUUCAGAACCAUUCCCAGUGACUAUUACCAGAGCAGAGCACUGGCUCAGCUGGUGAAGCACUUUGGCUGGACCUGGGUAGGAGCCGUGAGAAGUGACAAUGACUAUGGGAACAAUGGAAUGGCAACCUUUGUAGAGGCUGCACAACAUGAAGGGGUGUGUAUUGAAUACUCAGAGGCUAUUUUACGCACAAAUCCUAGGGAGAAGAUUGCCAGGGUUGUUGAGAUCAUUAAAAAGGCAACUUCAAAGGUUUUGGUGGCCUUCCUGGCCCAGGGUGAGAUGGAGGUGCUGCUGGAGGAGGCUUUGAGUCAAAACUUAUCAGGGCUACAGUGGGUGGGCAGUGAGUCCUGGAUCACAGCCAGACACCUAGCGUCACAGAGAGCAUCCUCAGUCAUUAGCAGUGCCAUCGGCUUCACCAUCAAAAAGUCCAAAAUACCAGGCCUCCGCGACUUCUUGGUCAAGGUCCAUCCAUUUCGAAGUCCUGGGAACGCUCUCAUUAGUGAGUUCUGGGAGACGGCAUUUGGAUGCCAGUUCAACCCUCAGACGGGAGAUGGCAAGGUCUGCUCAGGCUCAGAGAAACUAACUGAGCUCAGUAACCAGUACACAGAUGUCUCAGAGCUGAGGAUCUCCAACAAUGUGUACAAGGCAGUGUAUGCUGUGGCCCACUCUCUUCACAACCUGCUGACAUGUGGAACUGCUGCGAAUCAGACAUGUGCCAGGAAGGAGACCAUCGACCCAGGACAGGUUGUGUAUUAUCUAAAAGGCGUUAAUUUCACUACCAAUACUGGCGAGCAUGUGUUCUUCAACUAUGAUGGAGACCCAACAGCAAAAUAUGAACUCGUCAACUGGCAGCAGAAUGGUGGAAAGAUUGAGUUUGUGACUGUGGGUUAUUAUGAUGCAUCGUUACCCAGCGGACAGCAGUUUUCCAUGAAUCUUGUCAACAUCACUUGGGCCGGUGAUCCAUUUACUAAGCCCAGGUCGGUGUGCAGUGAGAGCUGUCUUCCAGGUACUCGGCAGGCUGUGAUUAAAGGGAAACCUGCCUGCUGCUUCUCCUGUGUCCCCUGUGCCGCUGGGGAAAUCAGCAACGCCACUGAUUCUGCUGAGUGCACUAAAUGUCCACUGGAAUACUGGUCAAAUGAAGAUCGAAGUCAUUGUGUCCUAAAGAAAGUGGAGUUCCUUUCAUUUGGAGAGACCAUGGGCAUUGUGUUGACAAUAUUUUCUUUGCUGGGUGCUUGCUUAACGACAGCAACAGCGCUCGUUUUCUUUCGCUUCAAAGACACUCCCAUUGUUAAAGCCAACAACUCUGAGCUCAGUUUCCUGCUGCUCUUUUCAUUGAAACUGUGUUUCCUUUGCUCCCUCACCUUCAUCGGUCGGCCCUCUGAGUGGUCCUGUAUGCUGCGCCACACAGCGUUUGGGAUCACCUUUGCUCUUUGCAUUUCCUGUGUCCUUGCAAAGACUAUAGUGGUUGUGAUGGCCUUUAAAGCUGCUGUUCCAGGAGGCAGUAUUCCCCAAUGCUCUGUGCCCUUGCAAAGGUUAAGCGUGUUCUGCUCCACACUCCCACAGGUGGUAAUAUGUACACUGUGGGUAACCCUUGCACCUCCAGUUCCAUACUCAAACAUUGCACACUCCACUGAGAGAAUCAUUCUGGAGUGUGAUGUAGGAUCAGCAGUGGGGUUCUGGGCCAUAUUGGGGUAUAUUGGACUCCUCUCUGUCCUGUGCUUUGUGCUGGCUUUUCUGGCUCGUAAGCUGCCUGAUAACUUCAAUGAAGCCAAAUUCAUCACAUUCAGCAUGCUCAUAUUCUGUGCAGUCUGGAUCACCUUCAUACCAGCUUAUGUCAGCUCACCUGGAAAGUUCACUGUAGCUGUGGAAAUAUUUGCCAUUUUAGCAUCCAGUUUUGGUUUGAUUUUCUGCAUUUUUGCCCCGAAAUGCUACAUUAUUUUAUUAAAGCCAGAGCAUAAUACAAGAAAACACAUUAUGGGUAAGAGGCAUGCAAAAUCUCAGUAA